UGAGGAUCUCUCUACUGUAUCUUCUACUUUCCCUCUUUCCCUCUUUCCCUUUAUAUGUAAAAAACCAAUGAGAAGCCUCAUCGAAACUUCCAACCCUCCAAAAAGAGAGAAAUAAAUCAACAAAGGAAAAAGAGACUCAAAGUCAAAACUGGGUUGCAGUAAUUUCUCUCUCCCUCCACACCACUUCAUUUCCCUUUGAUCUCAUUCUCUCUGCUUUCACUACUUUCUCUCUACCUGUAUUUGGUAAUAGGACUUCCAAUUUCUGCGACCCAUAUGAGAUAGCCAGUGCAGAGAAGCAUUCUGCAGUUUGUAGAGGAUUUAAGUGACAUUGGGUACUGAAUCUCCUCGCUCCCAACAGUGAUGCAUGUACGUGUUUCAGAUUGAAGCGUCAAUCUUGGAGAUUUUCAAGAUUCCAAAAUGGAAGAUAAUAGUCCUAGGACGGAUUCGUCCACUGAUGCUGAUACGGAAGAUAAAAUGAGCAAUCAAUUACAGGGAAUAGGUGCUUCCGAUGGCAGUGAUAAGUCUAGAGAUCAAAAGACUCUCCGUAGGCUUGCUCAAAACCGGGAAGCUGCAAGGAAAAGCCGCUUGAGAAAAAAGGCCUAUGUUCAACAGCUAGAAAGCAGCAGAAUGAAAUUGACACAACUCGAGCAAGAGCUUCAACGAGCUAGACAGCAGGGAAUAUUUAUUUCGAGUUCAGGAGAUCAAUCUCAAUCAAUUGGUGGAAACGGUGCCUUGGCCUUUGAUGUUGAGUACGCGAGGUGGCUGGAGGAGCACAACAAACGGAUUAAUGAGCUUAGAGGCGCUGUCAAUUCGCACGCGGGGGAUGGUGAACUCCGCAUAAUCGUUGACGGCGUUGUGUCUCAGCAUGACGACAUCUUUAGGAUAAAAGGUGAUGCUGCAAAGGCCGACGUCUUCCACAUCUUGUCAGGCAUGUGGAAGACGCCUGCUGAAAGAUGCUUCCUCUGGCUUGGUGGCUUCCGCUCAUCUGAACUUCUUAAGCUUCUAAUUAAUCAGUUAGAGCCAUUGACUGAGCAGCAAUUAUUGGCAAUCAACAACUUGCAACAAUCGUCUCAACAAGCCGAAGAUGCUCUAUCUCAAGGAAUGGAAGCGUUGCAGCAGUCGUUGGCCGAGACGUUAGCUGGUUCCCUCGCUCCAACAGGCUCUUCUGGUAACGUUGCGAACUACAUGGGCCAAAUGGCAAUGGCGAUGGGAAAGUUGGGAACUCUCGAGGGCUUCAUUCGUCAGGCAGAUAAUUUGCGGCAGCAGACCCUCCAACAAAUGCACCGGAUAUUAACAACUCGCCAGUCAGCCCGUGCUCUCUUAGCUAUCAGCGACUACUUCUCCCGUCUGCGGGCCCUCAGCUCCCUCUGGCUUGCGCGUCCCCGGGAAUAGUAACUUAGAUGGGAUAUUGCCUUAUUGAUGACUGAGUUUGUUGAUUUAAAACUUGGAAGCAGCAGCAGUGUGGGAGUUGAUGCUGAUUUAUUUAGCUCUCCUGCAAUUUUAAUAGUGGAAGUGCAUAUGUCUUGACUGAUUGUAUAAUUUCUCCUCCCAUUGUAUAAUUUGUAGCAUUUUUAGUAGUAAGUGACUGGUUUAACAAUUUAGCUUAAUAUAAAUCCAAGAAAUUGUUUAUU